GGAACUAAUCUAGAUGACCACAAGUCCACAAUCAUUCCGGUCAGGAAGGAAUCAUUCGUGGAAUAAUUUCCUGACCCAACGGGCCGUUAGCCACGGGUUCACUCAACUCAAUAUUAAUGAUGAAGCAAGCGAGUAAGCAACCAAGAAACGCAGGCUUGGGCCAUGGCCAGUAACCAGCACCACCACCUCCUCCUUGCUCUAUUCCUCAUGGCUGCUGCCGGCACCACCACAGCCACCACCUCAUCAUCAGGCAACUCGACGACGCCGACGGCGUACGAGAUGCUGGAGCGGUACGAUUUCCCGCGCGGCAUCCUCCCGGAGGGCGUGCAGCGGUACGAGCUCCGCCCCGACGGCUCCUUCGAGGUGUUCCUCUCGGGUCGUAGCUGCGAGUUCCGCGUCGGCGACCGCUACCUGCUCCGGUACGACCGCCGCAUCACCGGGACGGCGCGGGAAGGCUCCAUCCGGGCGCUGCAGGGCGUGAGCGUGAAGGUGCUGUUCGUGUGGCUCGGCAUCACCGAGGUGGACCGCUCCGGGGACCAGCUCAGCUUCCUCGUCGGCCCGCUCGCCGCGUCGUUCCCGUCGCGAAACUUCGCCGAGAGCCCGCGCUGCCAGUGUGGCUUCGACUGCGCCUACGGCGCCUGGGACGCCGCCGCCGCCGCCGCGUCCUGAUACCAAGCUUCCUCAUGAGACAUACCUCCUGCUGCUGCUGCUGCUACUGCUACUGCUGCUCGUCAGUUGUCACAGUUACUGUUGCUGAAUUCGUUCAUGACUUCAUGUAUCAUAUUAUUGUUGGUUCGUAUACGGAUCAAUCAAAGAAAUGCUCUCAAUAGAUCGAACAGUACUAUCAAUCAGAAAAUAGAUUGCUGCACUCGUUCUUGGGAGAUUGAGCAAUUCCAUUUGAAUUUGAUGCCUGCUGCA